CCCUCUCUCUAUAUCUCUUUCUCUCUCUUAUUCCCUUUCCCUUUCCCUUUCAUUAUAUAUCUAACUAUGUGGAUAUUAUUACAAAGGUGUUUUUGUUUCUUGACAAAAAAAGUUGCUGUCUUUAUUGAGGGUUUGUGUUUGAUUCAUCUUGAUCUGGAUAUGUCAAAUUUCGUGUUUUGUGUUCUAUAUUUGAUGCAUGGUUUGAAUCACUGAAUGGUUGCUGGUGCUGUGUUGGUUAAAUUUAGUAAAGUUAUUGACUUUUUUCAUUUUUUCUUGAUAAAAAUUUGAUUUUUAUUUUACUUGGAUUUCUAUAUUACUAGACAAACAAACCAUCUGAGAUAUGGGUUUAAGCCCCUGCCAACAAGUUUUUUUCUUCCUUUUUUCUAUUUCUAAUUUUUUGAAAAUUUGUAAAAGCAAGCAUUAGCCCUCGCCAAAAUAGUUGUGUUAUAGACUAUAUCAACAAAAAAUUAAUGGUAGAGAGGGCUGAAUCUGGAAAUUAGAAAUGUACAGAAGAAAAUGAACAAAAAAUGGCCGCCUGACUUCUCAGUGUUCUUACUGAGGAAGAUGAUGACUAGUAAUAAGAUUAUUAUAUGUAUUCCUCCUUCUACUCACGUGGCUCUCCUCUUUUGUGUAUAACUUUUCAAUACACUUUAUCCUAAGCAUGCAUUAUAAUUGAAACUCUUUGGCAGUUGGUUGUGUUACUGAACUUACACUGUCAAUUUGCUAAUGAGGAUUGCAGUAUAUAUAAGAGUUCUGUUUGAUGUUGUUAAUUGUCUUGUGAGGUGCCAUUCUUUUGAAGUGAUGUUUAGAUAACAUCUACCCAGUUUUGGGUUAUACAAAGUUCAUUUAUAUCUUCCGUAAGAUUUCCUCACUCUUGCUACUUGAGUAACACUUUUGCUCGGAAUUUAGUUAACUGCUCCUAGUUUUGGGUUUUGAUUGUUUGUUUUGGUGUUGAUCCAUUUCUGAAAUCAAUCAUAUGCUACAAGAGAAAGAAGGGUGCUUUAGUUGGUAAUCUGUUGUUGUUAGGUGAUAACUUCAAUUAAUUGCAUGUUAUCAUUACACAUUGAAAGAUCACCAACUUCUCCAAUAAAUACAUUGGAAUAUUUCUUUUUAAGAUUUGUUUGAUUUGAGAUUGGCAUUGUUGAGGACUUAGUUAUAGUGCUGGAUUUAGUGUUGUCAUGUACUAAUGUUGAAGCUGCAAAUAUUUAGAGUGAGAGUGGAUAACUAAAUUAGGCUGAAAAUAAGAUGUCAACAAAUAGUAGAUCUUGUAUAGGAUUGAGUUUAGCUUAGUUCCAUAUGCCACUUGUAAAUCUUCUCAUGGCAGUGGUCUUAGGUAGACCUUUUGCUGAUUUAAACAGAUUGAGUUUAGCUUCUUGCCCGAAACACAUAAUGCCAUGCUGUGUUUUGCUCGAUUCCUAUCUUAUUUGUGUUCAUUUUUUGUAGGUUUCCCUCAAUCCCUUCUGGCUUUGGCUUUUCAUUUUAUGUGUUUGCUUGUGUGAUUCUUUCUUUAUAUGUGAGGCUCGGUAAGCGUUUCAUUGUGUUAGAUAGACCAGUUGAAUGGCUAAGAAUGAAAUGCUGAUGGAAUUCAUCUACCUUUGGUAUUAGGGGUUUAGUUUUGGCUUUAAGUUGGAAUACACUUUCACACACAUAAUUUCCAAGAGUCCAUAUUUAUAGUCUUUUUGAGAUUCUACAUUUUAAUAUUUGGUCCUUAGGAAAAGCCUUAUGAAUUUUGAAGAAAAAAAAGAACAGUAAAUUUUUUAUCGAACAAAAGAUGAAAUGAUCACACUCCAUUUCCUAUUUACUCCAUAAGGUUUAUGUAUAUUGUGUGUGAAUCUUUGUUUUCUUACAUAUAUAUGUUGGUUUAGUAAAGAGGUAUAAAGACUUCACUUUUUUCUCUUUCUUUUUGGUAGGAUUGUUAUACAUUAUUAUGUUAUGCAAUGAUCUCUAGUAUGUGCCAAGUACUUUGAUACCAUUAGUGUUUGUAUGCAACGUGUCUUAUGUGCGUAUACAACUUCCGUUAUUCCCUUAUAGACUCAAUAGAAUUGUGCGGUCACUUAUAGUAUAUAGCUAUUGAAUUGGUGUUAUUGUACACUUAAGAUCACUCAUCUCAUGUCUCCUCAAGCAGCUAAAAAUGAAUCCUUAAAGGUCUUUGGUUAUGCAUCUGUGAUCUGGCUUCAGCUACUUCCUAAUCUAAUGGCUAAUAUGCAAGAGCACCUUUUCUCCCAAGCAAUAUCCAAAAACCUCAACUUUGAAGUGGACCCUCCUCCCCAACGAGGCCAGGAAUUGAAGUACAUCGACUUUCAACUACAGGGUCAGCACUCUUCCUCGACUGAAUCGACCAGCCUUUCACGUAAGGAGUUCACCGCCAUGGGGAAGGCUAGUUCCCAAGAUCAGUGCGCUUCAUCUGACUCCGUACACAACGAGAGCUACGGUAAGCACGGGCAAGAAAUGAAGGGGGGUUUGUUCCUUGGCAAUCCCGAGCUCUCCAUCAACACGCCACACGCUGAGAUGACCCAACCGAUUGUGCAGUUCCCGUAUGCCUACACUGACCCCUACUUCACCGGGAUGUUUACGCCCUAUGGCCCUCAUAACAUCAUGAUGGCUGAUGCUGCUGCCUCCGGGCGCGUUCCUCUCCCCGGCGAAAUACCCGAGGACGGCCCGAUAUACGUCAAUGCGAAACAGUACCAUGGUAUACUUAGGAGGAGACAGACCCGAGCUAAGCUGGAGGCACAAAACAAACUCGUCAAAAUACGCAAACCGUAUCUGCACGAGUCUCGUCAUCAGCACGCGCUGAAUAGAGUGAGGGGGACCGGGGGCCGGUUUCUGAGCACCAAGAAGCAGCAGGCGGAGGGCAGCGGUGGCGCGGAUGCGUUCCAUUUCGGUUACGGGGAAGGUGGCGACGGGGCAGGUGGCGAUGCUAUGUUGCAGCAGUCUGAUGGCAGGUUUUCGAACAUGGCGUACAAUGGGAACCGUCGCUAUGCUUCGAUAGUCCGGUGAGGUGUGGCGGAAGGCGCCGCUCCCGACCGGCUGGGCAAUUCAUCCUUGGCUUUGUUACUAUUGAGGUUUAUCCUCUGCUAUUCUCCUGCAGAAUGUUGGCUUUGUACUAAAAUUGUCUGCCUAAUACUUUAAAUCCUACACACAUUUGGAUCUCUGAACUUAAACUCAAAACAAACUCUCUUUCUAAGCUUUGAGGUUGAGCUGUUGUGCUUCCUUUUCAUCUCUCUUUUAGAUGUGUGUAACAGUUAACUCAUUUUUUUAGCAUGAUGAAGGAAUUCUUGAAUAAAGAAUAUGUUGGAUUUUUAGUUUGAA